UUUUACUAUUGAUUAAGGACCACACGAGCUAACAAUGACAUUUGCGGCAAAGUUGAUUUUGAUUUCCAAACCAACUCACUUUGGGCCUUCCAAAUUGAGCAGGCAACCGUAAUCGCCGUGAUUUACAGACUAAACUUGACACUACUCUUGCUGAGAAACACGAAACAGAUGAACAGCUUCGCAGUUCAAUAAAGAAUGUAGAAGAUUUAAAACAACAACUUACUUCUGAUGGGGAGAAACUACAGUCUCAGAUAUCUUCAGUUAUGGACGAGAACAACAUGCUAAACGAAACAUAUCAAAAUGCUAGAAAAGAACAUCAGUCUACCAUUCUCCAGCUUGAAGGGAAUUUAAAAGAAACCAAGGAAAUUAUUGACGCUUUAAAAGCUGAGAAUGAACAGCUUAAGGCUGAGAUUGCUGAAAAAUCUUCUCUACAAUCUCGUUUAAAGGAACUUGAGGAACAUUUGCUGAAAGCCAAAACUCAGCUAAAAGAAGAGGUUGAAAGAAACCAGUCAGUUUCUGCUGCAAGAGAAGCAGAAUUUACAUCAAAGUUAGAGGAUCAUGCAAAUAAAGCCCGUGAUAUAAACUUAUUAGAUGACCAAGUAGUACAACUUCAAAAAGAUUUGCAACUCGCUCAGGCCACCAUUGCUGAAUUGACUCAAAAGCGAGAUGCUGAUAAUAUGAAACAAGAAGCAGCAAUAAAGCUUUCUCAGGAUGAGAUUGAAGCAAAGAACAAACAAAUUACACUUCUAGAGGAUCAUGUCAAGGAUCUUGAGCACAAGUUGCAGCUUGCUGAUGCCAAAAUAACAGAAAAGGGUGAUGGAAGUAAUCAAUCCGAGGUUAAAGAUGGUUUGGAAAUUAAAUCCAGGGACAUAGGAUUAAACGUAUCCGCUCCUUCAAAACGAAAGAGCAAGAAGAAGUCAGAAGCAACAUCUGCACCGUCGUCCUCAUGGGAGGUCCGCACACAAAGUGCUGAGCAUUCUCCUUUGAUGACCUUAAAAAUCACAUUGACUGUUGCUCUGGUGUCUGUGAUCAUUGGCGUCAUUCUUGGGAAAAGAUAUUAGCUUGGCAUCAUGGUUUUGGGUUUUGCCGCUUCAGUUUUUGUGUAUGGUUUCUUGUGUUUCAUAUUUUGAUACAAAAGUUAUGCAGAGCAGAUUUUGAAAGUUUUCUUGUAUGCUUUCAAAAUUAAGGUUUUUUUAAGUUUGGUCAGGGAAUUUGUUUAAUUCUUUAUCCCCUAUACCAGUUUGGAAAGGAUAUCCUAUUUGUUCAUGUUGUAUUUUUGUUUGUAUCAAGUUUUUGUUUUUUUUUUAAUUAUUUAUUUUAUUAAUGGUAUUGCAGAUGUUAUGUUUAUUCAUUGCAACUCUUUUGAGUAA